UGAAUUUGAUACUUCGAUACGUGUGAAAAGUGAAAACUCUAAACUAUGAGAAGUCCGAUGGAAAUUUUGAAUAAAUAACUAGUUUAUAACCAUGUUGUGUAUACAGAUGUGUCGUCGAGACAAAGUAAAUGUUAAUACUCAUUGGAGAGUCGCCAUGGCCAUGGGCGGCGCCAUGGACGGCUGCGGCCGCUGUAUGAAGAUGAGCCUCGUCGCCAUCAAUGUUCUCACCUUUGUGGGCGGUCUGUGCGCGUUCGCGAUCGGCCUGUGGAUCUGGGUGUCGCGGUCGUUCGCGAGCACGCUGCUCAACAACAACAUGUACAUCGGGUCCGUGGGCGUCGUGGUCGCGAUGGGCGCCGCCACCAUGAUCCUCUCCUUCCUCGGCUGCUGCGGCGCCGCCAAGGAAGUUAAGUGCAUGUUGCUCACGUACUACAUCCUGGUGUUUAUCAUCUUCGUGGUGAUGCUGGUGGGCGGGAUCCUGCUGUUCGUGUUCCGGGAGAAGGUGGUGGGGACCCUGGAGCGGGAGAUGUACGCCGCCAUCCCGGGGUACGGCGCCCGGCCGGAGUACACGCGAGCCUGGGAUGAGACCCAGGCCAAGCUGCAGUGCUGCGGCGUCAUGAGCUACAAGGACUGGAACGACAACAUACCGGAGAGCUGCUGCGUCGAGGUUUACCCCGGAAAGCGUCAGGAGUGCACGUACGCUCCUAACCCGACCACGAUGUACAUGGAGGGCUGCCACACGCGCACCGUGCGGCUGCUGCGGGAGGACGCCGUGUACGUGGGCGCCGUCGCCGUCGUGCUCGCGCUCGUCAUGGUACGUCACGUGUAGUGUAGCUCCCGCCGC